AUGCAGAGCACCAUCGAUGAUCUGAAGGAGUACUUUGAGAGCAAACCCGAAGAAGGUGAACAAUUGCUUCAAAGUGUUAUCACGCUUACCAAUUUGCGUAUGGUCAAGUUGCCUGAGGCUGAAAAAAAAUUAACUGAUGCGUUAUUGGAUAAAAUAAAUGCUGAAAUUGAAGUAGGAGAUCAAAAAGAAGAAAUGAAAGACAAAGCAAAGAAAUUGAAAGAGAGAAAAGAGACAUUGAUGAAACAAAUUGAUGGGAUUAAUAAGUUUAACGUGAUUAUUAGAAGAUUAGCAAAUGAAGAAACAACAGAUGUUGAAAUCAAAGAGAACCUGACUUACAUCAUCAGUAUUGAUCAGUAUAAAAACAUGACAAUUGAAGGAGUAAGAAAUAUGGAUGGUGUAUUUAAAAUGUACUGUGAUAGCAAUUGUGAAGUAGCACUAGAUUUAAGACAAAAGCUGGAUGCGAUUGAGAAAGAAAUUAAGGAAUUUUCUGUUUACGGUAAACUAAUCCAAUUGUGUGAAAAGGAAGAAAUCUAUGCGAAGGAAAAAGUCAUAUAUGAUGAAAUUAGACAGGAAAUAUUGAAAAAGGAGGAGGAAAUGUUGUCUAUUCCAGGUGUAAGGGAUAUUUACACAAAAUUUGAUGUUAAUGAUUAA